AGAAGGCUCGAACGGCAACAACAAACAUGGAGGUUCCUCCGUACGGCUUCACUCCGGAGCGGUACUGGACGGAGGAGAAGGAGAGGGCGCUCAUUGCCUUUUUCUCCAAGCACAGCUGUCUGUGGAACCACAAGUCAGAGAGCUACAAGAACCGCCAGCUGCGAUGGAAAACCCUGGAGCACCUGAGGAUCCUCCUGUCAGCUCACCCCCCACCUGUUCCUUUCUCAGUGGAAGACAUUAAGAACAAGUUCAAGAACCUUCGCACCACCUUUCAGCGGCAGUACAAAAUGGUAAAGGCGAGUAAAGUGUGCAGGUCGGACGACGUGUUCGUGCCGCAGUGGAAGCACUACCAGCAGCUGAUGUUCCUGCGGGGCUGCUGGGACCAGGACGACGGCUCCUGCGAACCGCCGCUCUCGCCGCUGUCUGUUCCACAGGAGGAGAACCAGCCUGUCCUCAACUCCCCAGGGCUGAUCAUCUCCUUCCUCCCCAACCCUUCCACCUCCUCACCUUCCUCAUCGUCGUCCUGCAUCCCCGCCAACAUGAUGAUUAAAUGUUACUGGACUGAAGAGAGGGAGCGAGUGCUGAUAGCCUUCUACUCUGAGUACAGCUGUCUCUGGAACAAGAAGUCGGAAAACCACAACAACCGUCAGCUCAGGCUGCGGCUGCUGGAGGACCUGAGGAGCCAGCUGUCCAACCACUCAGUGACGUUCUCAAUUGAAGACGUGAAGUGCAAGUUCAAGAACCUGCGGACAGUUUUCAACCGUGAGUACAAGGCGGUGCAGGCGAGCAAAGCAUCUGACAAACCCUACGUGUCCAAGUGGAAACACUACCAGCAGCUGCUCUUCCUCUGCGAGUCCUGCGAAGAGGACGACAGCCAAGACGACCUGCAGAUCCUCACGCCACAGGAGGACAAGGAUCUGGAACAUGGAAACCAAACGCCCUCCUCCACCCUGAGCAGCUUCUCCUCCAGCUCCACCCAAAUCAACGUCAGGUUCAACAACUGCUCCGCUCCCUCCAGCGACGAUGCCAAAACCAGCGCCGCGUACCAAAUCUUCCUCUCUGAGUCUUCAGAUAAUCUCAGGCUAGUGAGCCAAACAGCUGCUGCCACACUCCCUGCCUCUCCGUCUACGUCACUGCUGGACACCAAACCUUGUACCUCUCCUCUGAAUUUCUCUGGUUCAGUUCAGCCCGACAGCAGACUGAGCGUCGACUCUCGCUGCCACUGGAACGAGGCCAAAGUCCAGCAGCUCAUCUCGUUUUACUCAGAGCACAGCUGUCUGUGGAACCACAAGUCAGAGAGCUACAGGAACAGGCUGUUGAGACAGAGCCUGCUGGAGACGCUGAGCAACCUGCUGUCUGACAACGAACCAGUUCCAUUCUCAGUGGAAGACAUAAAGACAAAAUUCAGGAACUUGCGAACAAUCUUCCAACGUGAACACAAGGCGGUGAGCUCAAACAAAACGUGUGGUUCGGAGGACUUUUACCUUCCAAAGUGGAAACACUACCGAGACCUGAUGUUCCUCUGCGACUCCUGCGACGAGGACGAGCGUCCCGACGAACUCCACUUCAGCCAACCGCAGGAGUCCGCUCUCCUCCACCUGGACACCCAAGUCGUUAGCAGCCAUUACCACGGUGCCAACCACACUGCUACCAAACUGAACAUCACAUCACGGAACCUUGAAGCACCUCCUUCGCCUACUCCCCCAGACUCUCGGCACUCCUCGCCCUCGUCCUCGCCCUCCACGUCUUCCUCUCACACUGACAGCAGAGUGUCAGGACGGAAGCGAGCGAGCCGUCGCCUCCCGCCCCCCAGCAGCGAGGUGCUGGACUUCAUGAGGACGUUAUGUCAAAGCCAGAUGGUGUCGCCACAUGCUGGGUUUCUAAAGUAUGUGGAGGAGUGUCUGAACGAGACGCCGCCAGGCAAAGUGAAAAAACUGAAGAAGAGGAUAAUAGAGACGAUCCACAGCGUGUCAGAGGAGGUUUAGUUCUCACAGUUUGUAAAGCUCAAGUCAGUCUCACUGGGGUUUUGUUUUUUUCUUCAACCUAAGUCUUAGCUUCCUUAUGGCGAUGACAACAUGACUCAUCAGCUGUCAUCUCAUUCCACAUUGGACCUUGUUAGAAACCUGUAUGAGGUUCAACAGGGUCAGCGUCUGUCUCCAACAUCUCUGCAACCCAGUUAGUGAUGAGAAUACUGUCAGAAAGCCCUCUAUAUAUAUCGUGUGGCAGUAUUGCUUCAGACAGACUGAGCUCUAAUUGGAGAGAGCAAAGACGCCACACAUACUAAACCUUUCAGCAGCCUUUGGUGUUGUGUAGCUGAGACUUUACACCUCACAGAUAGACUCUGAAGUUCAAUUGCUCUGAGCUUUUACCUUCUGGGUCAGUGACAUUUCGGGAUGAAACUAAGGGUGCUUCUACACCUGCCCUGUUUGGUUCAGUUCAGUCGAACUCAAGUUUGUUUCCCCCUCAGUGCGGUUCGUUUGGGCAGGUGUGAACACAACAAUCACACUCAGGUGUGCACCAAAACAACCGGUCUGUCUCGGUCACUUAUAGGCGUAUAUGCUGCCCCAUAAGGCUUGGAGGAAUUGCAUCCCCACAAAAAUUAAUAUCAUCACAUUUUCAGAAUUUGCAUUGACUUGACUACCAAAGCAUCACUUCUUGUACAAUCCCAAGAAACUAACGAGACGAUGGCCGUCCACAAUGUGACCUUAAUUUGACAAGGGAUAAAUGAAAGUCUAGCUUAUUGUUUCAGAGUUCCCAGCACUGUAAAACGCCACCUUAAAAUUGCAACACAAUCUUUGCAGUAAGACCUCAGCAUGGCUGAAUGUCAGCUGUCAGAUCGGGCUGCCAGCUUUGUCAAUAUGCAGAUCGUAAAGAGUGAAACUUACCAACUGCAGCACCUUAAAGUGACACUACAGUCUUUGCUGGAAUAUCACAGAAAUUACAUUCAGCUAUUUCUAGCAUAGAAAGUAAGAAACACAACUAAAGGUCUGUCCCAAUACUAACAACACUGAUGUGCACGUUCAGGCACCGAAAUAUGCCAACACACAGUACACCCAAAGGGUAAGUUAAGUAUUUUCCAACUCUGUUUUCCCUGUUACCCUGUUUUGCACUUUUGCACUGUCAAUUUAAGUCCACUGAAGUGCUUUUUUAUCACUGACAGGCUCGGACUGUUAUUUUAGGUGUCUCACAAUUUCUGGAAAGGAUCCCUACAGAGAUAGAGCUUUAUGUUGAGGAGUAAGAUCUUUUUGUUUAACCAGAAACAGCCCUGAAAAUCACUGUUGUAAAACCCACCAGACUGCACUGAAAUUAAGUCAUUUUAUCCUCAUUACACACACUUCAUUUGAAGUGGACAGAAACAAAAUAAGAGUCACAAAAGUUGCCUCUGUUUGUGUCUCCACUGUUGCAACAAUCACCAACUCUGGUUUGGUUGAAAUUAACCCUUAAUUCACCCAGUUAGAUGUGAAAACAUGCUGCCUCUAUACACACUAACAUGACUGUUUAAAUUGAGUCUGGUGGGUUUGGUGAUGGUGGUAUCGGAGCUGUUUCUGAUCGAACAAAAAUAAUCUUACUUUUACAAAAAACAGUUUAACUCUGUAGGGAUCCUUUCUAUAACGAUGUCAGACACUUCUCAAUCUGAUCCUGUCAGUAACAAAAACAAACUUUUAGUGGACGUACGUUGACGGUAAAUAUUGUCCCGAGUGAUUAAAUUGCAGCCUUUAAGGCUAAACUAUCCAUUUUACUUUAAUAACAUGCUAACAGCAUAUGCUAAUGCGACUGCUUGCAUGUUAACAGCACUAAUGCUAACAUUUGUAGCAUUCCCACUUUACAUUCAUUCACUAAUAAUUAAUAUUUAAUAAUGUUUAGAUAUCACAAAGAAAUCUAAUUUACAUACAUGAACGAUAAUAAUUAGAAGGUCAUUACAUAUGUUUAGACCAGGGGUUGGCAACCUUUACUAUCAAAAUUUUUAAAAAUCUGUCUGGAGCUGCAAUAUAUAUAUGUGGCUUAUAAUGACGGCAACACAGACUAUUUAAUCCAAAUUAGUCUAUAAACAUUCCUAAUAGGUCUAAAUUAGCAUUCAUCAAUAUGUUUUACAACAAAAUAGUUACUCUGCAGUGGACUAUUUAUAAUUUUUUGGUAUUUAAACUUUGCAGCGUUUCUCUGUUUUCCUCCAAGACGCUUUCUUUUUCUUUUUUGGAUUUGGAAUCAAUAGCUAGCCUUGUUAAAGUGACUCAAGCUCAGCCAUCGCUGUUGAGAUUCGGCAAAUUUUCGGAAAAGGCACCAGGCCGUAGACGUAUGACGCACACAGUUGAUGAAAUGCUAAAACUUUUUUUUUAUUCAGUGUGUAGGCUGUGUAGGCAUUUAAACAACUGGAAAAUGUAAGAAUCACUUAAGGGCCUCAACAGUGAUGAACGAAAAUUAAAAUGUUAAGAAAAAAUAAUAUUAAUUUCUAUAUAAUUUGUUGUCAAAGACACAGGGAGCCAAUGGAGAAGGGUUAAAAAGCUGCAGAUUGCCUACCCCUGAUUUAGACUGUCAGAAUGCUAGCAUUAGCAAGUUAGCUCACUAUGCUACACUCUGGAAUAUUGACUUGCCAAAGGUAAUGCUAAUAUUAGCAUGUUAGCAUGUGUAAGGUUAGCAUCUCUGCCACGAUGGAGGCUUCCUGUUAUGAAACAAAGUGUUUGACAAGUGGACAUUUUUAUCUGUUGGUGGAGCUAGAAGAAAAGUCAGUGUGUCACCAAGGCCAUGUCAGUCUGAGCCACGUUGAGCUAACGCAUCUUGGUAUGGAUACCACUUUCAUUGGUGAAGCCACAACUGAAUUAACCUAAAGACAAUAGAUGGACAUACCGGUGUUCUUAAAGCACUACAGUAUCUUAAAUUUGUUGCCAAAACUUCACCAGAGGGCCUCCCCAUAAACAAAUAAUAAAUAAUAAAUUGCACAAGACUAGGAAAGAUGGACAAAAAUUCAACGUCAGCUUCAUUCCCUGUGCUGAAAUUACACUUUUGUGCCACUGUGUUGUUUUAAAUGUCACAGUGACGAGAUUCAUUCCACCAUUUAAAAUGAGGGUUUAUAUAAAUGCAGAUUUAAAGACACAUGUUUUAAUAUUUAGGGCUGCAUUUACAGAGUGUUACACUUUUGUUUUCUGAAGAAAAUUCAGAGAAUAUGUUCGAACAAUGAUCUGACUUGUCAUAUGCCCCUUUUAUUUAUUUUAGCUUCAGCAUUUAUAGGAUAAAAUCUGCAGUUUUGGAAAUGUCGAGUUGGAAGACCUGCAGAGAAAGUAAUCAGAUUUAAAUGUGCUCAUCUUCAUCAUUUAACACGUUGUGAUGCUAACGGGCGAUUAUAACAUCUAAGUACUGUAACUUCUUUUAAUCAGAAGUCUGAAACUGUUACUUUACCUUUUUUAUUCCCAACUUGUUUUAUUAGUUUUCUAAUUAUCAGCUGCUGCACAGCUACAGAAAAUAUUUAAAGUUUGCAGAUCUUCAAGUAAUUGUCUUUAAAAAAAAAUCUAUGCAUGUAAAGAUUUUUAAAUGUUUCUGUUCUUAUUCAGUGUCAAACAUUUGGGUUUUGGUUAAAAUCUUUUAAAGCAAUAACGAUUAUUUUUUUAUGACUUGCACAUUUAUAUAAGAAUGAUUUAUAUUCUUUUAUCUGUUUGGUGUUUGCACAUGUUGGUUUAAAGUUGACUCAGUGCCUUAUCAGAAUCACUUUAACUGUAUUUGAGUAAACGUGCAGGAAUUUGUCUUUGCCUUUAUAUGUAAUAUAAAAUAUAUUAUUCAGUGUACAGAAUAAAGAGCAGGGG